AUGGCAUCCGAUUGGUCUUCCAUGCAAAGUCUUUGCCACGUCACAUAUCCAACAGACGUCCCAAAGAAUCCCACAAAUGUCACUGAUAUUGCCGGAUUUGCGCCUGCAAACUAUACUUCGCCAAGCUGUUUGUCAGAAGCGACGUACACGGUUGUUUCAGGGGAUAAUUGCAUCGCUAUUUCGCAAGCGCAAAAUGUUUCCACUGGGACACUUAUCUCGCUCAAUAACUUGCUCCCGGAUUGUUCUAACCUUGACGCUGGCGCUUCAUUGUGCCUUCCGCAAACGUGUGAUGCUUACACUGUUCAGUCUGGAGACACUUGUGAAAGCAUCUGUAAUGAAGCAGGAAUCACCUUCGUCCAAUUAACCUCCUGGAACCCGACCAUCAACAGCUACUGUUCCAACCCGAUAGCUGGACAAGCCGUUUGUGUCGGGCAGGCAGGAUCGACAUGGACUGGGACAACCAUCCCAGGCGCUUCAGCCACUCAAAACGGCGUCUACGCCACUACCACCGUUGCCGCUCCAAGCAACCUGGCUUAUGGGACCACAACCAACUGCGGCCAAUAUUACGUUGUGCAAAGUGGAGACGACUGCAGCCUCGUCGCGCUGAACAAUACCAUCACAGUGAGUUUGUUUGAGGCGAUCAACCCAUCAAUCAAUGCUGGAUGUACCAACUUGGUUCCUGGGUUGGCUUAUUGUGUGCGUCCAGUAGCAAACUGGAACAGCACCAACACGACCACAACUACGACGGCUUCCUAUGUUACUGCGCCAGCACCAACACCUUCUGGCACCACAUUUGAUUGCUACAAGUGGCAUGUGAUUAUCAGUGGAGACUACUGUGCUCUUCUGGAGAGUGAGUAUGGAAUUACUUUUACGCAAUUACAAUCUUGGAACUCCAAUUUAAAUUCGACGUGUGGAAAUCUUAUUUUGGGAGAUGCAUACUGUGUGGAUGGACCAAGUAAUGUCUCAUCUACCAGCAGGAUUGCUUCUGCUACGGCGAUUUCGACGGCGCUGAAUCUUUGA